CAGUGUGCAGACAAGGCAGGGCAACCUGCAUCGGCCUACGAUGAAUGCACCAAGUGUGCUCAAUCUGCAGCCAAAACCCAGCUGCUCUCCCCUUUAUUCGUGUUGGUUUUAGUGACAGGAGAAAGUCAAGGUUUGCCUGACCUCAUUAUCUCUGAACAGGGAAGCAUAACAAUUCCUGUGUGGCAAGCACAUGUAGCUAUGGAUGUAAACCAGAUCCAUAUCACGUGGGAGAACAUCUAUGCUUUUGUCCAGAUGGAGAAGAACCACAUGGAGACAGUUGAACUUGCUACUACCCCAGGGGUCUGCACCAGCAAGGCUCAUGAGAUUCUCCACAAACAUCUUGUUGUGUCUGACCUCCUGCUUGAUUGGGUUAGUGGGAACUGGUAUUUUGUGACAUCCCAAAGUCUUCAUCGCACCGUUGGGACUGUUGUCACACUGUGCAAUCAUGACCUGAAACAUUGUACUGUUCUUGAUACAUAUUUCUUUCCACCUGGCAAACUGAUUGGGGUCAACCCACUAUCAGGGAACUUAUAUCUGAAGGACAAAUAUGGUGAACCUGACCAAUGCAACCUACUGGAACGAAAUAUAGAUGGGAAGACUACUUCAAUGAACAUGUGUUCUUCAGGACAGAGAAUGUUGGGUUCUGGCAUUGGUUUGCAUGGAAAUGUGACUAUCAAGUAUGCUCUUGUAUCAUCUGAGUCCCCAAAUUCUAAUGUUACUUACCUGAAAAUUUUCACUCCAAACUUCAAUGAAACCAUCCUUUUGCUCCCUGAUGAGCCCAAACCAAGAAUUGAUUCUCCUUUGCAUGAAUGGAAUGGAAAGUUGUAUGGAAUAGCUGAAAAUGGCUACCUCUGGAGUAGGGACUUCAAGUCUGGGAAUAUCACAAGGAAUGCUGCCUUUUCUGAUUUAGGAACCUCAUAUAUCUUUGUCUAUCAUCCAAGGCGACUGAAAGAUCAUCCAUGUCAAGUGCAGAAUGGUGGAUGUGAUCAUCUUUGUAUUCCAUUAUGGUCAAAUGAACAACCCAGUAGAAAGUGCACCUGUAGUGCAGGAUAUGUUCUACAGCAUGGAUCUCAGUGCAAAAAAAUUAUGACACAGAUUGCCUUGCUGGUUUCGGAUGUUGUGGCAUCUACAAGAGUCAUAGGAAACCUACCACCUGGACUUCUACAAAUUAUGACACAGAUUGCCUUGCUGGUUUCGGAUGUUGUGGCAUCUACAAGAGUCAUACCUUUGGAUGGUGGACCUGAAGAUGCAUUCAGCCUUCCAUAUACAAUGUUGUCAGCUGCAUAUGAUUGGAUGACAUCAUACAUUCAUUAUGUUGACAGGUAUUCAUGGGACAAAUACCAUCAAGAUUUGACCAUUGAGCAACCUAAAGUCUCCAGGUUGCUAUAUCAUUCCUCAUAUGCAAUUGCCAUUGACUGGCAGAGACGGAACCUUUAUUGGAGUAGCUCGUAUGGUUCAUCAGACCGGAUUUCUGUGAUUAGCUUGGAUGACUCCAGGAACAACAAAACUCUUUUGACAGCUUCUUCAAAAGGAUGCUAUGAGCUGGUUUUGGAUCAUCUACAUGGGUAUAUGUACUUCAUUGAUGUGACUAACAACACACUAUAUGAAGCAUGGAUGGAUGGCAGCCAUAAGACCCAGCUGACUUAUGUGGACACCUAUGUAGGAACUGCUAGCUUAGAGUUGCAGAGUUUCCAUCAACUGGCAAUUGAUGCUGAGAGAAGACAUCUGUAUUAUACUCGAACAUUGAAUUCAAGCUUCACUAUUGAGAGGAUGGAUUUGGCCAAUGCUUCUGUCAAGGAGGAGUUGCAUCGACUGGAGAAAGGAUCGUAUGUACUUGAUCUCAUAUGGCUCAGAGAUCGACUGUACUUCUUGACUUCAAAUAUCAGUGACCAUGCUGACUCCACUGUAAAAGUUCAGAUCUUGCAUGAAAAUGGGAGCAUUAAAUCAGUGUUUGAAAGUGAGUGGCACCUUGCAUCAAUCUACCAGUUUUUGGACCUUUCAUCCAAGAAUGGCACUGCCUCACCAGCCAUCUCAUGUGAUGCAUCUUGCAAGCAUCUCUGUCUCCCUACCCCUGAAGGACCAAAAUGCCACUGCAAUGAUGGUUACUUGCUUGGAAGUGAUGAACCCCUUUGCGUUGUUGAUGAUUCCUAUACCAAAGAAAAUCCUUGUGAAGGGAAAUUCUCAUGUAGAUCUGUUGCACGCUGCAUCCCCAUGUCAUAUGUUUGUGAUGGUGACAUCGAUUGCCUUGAUGGAUCUGAUGAAGACCCAACACCUUGUGCACCCCUGCCUAAGUUGUGCGAUGCCCGUUUAGAGGUGGAUCAUUCCAUCUUCAGUGCAGUCUUCUUUCAGGUAUGCAGGAUAGCAGAGGUCUCUUUCAAUGCAAGAAUAACAUUUUCAUACCUGCACAAUGGGUCUGUGAUGGAGAGCCAGAUUGUGCUGAUAAAAGUGAUGAAGGUAUUAAAGAUUGCAAAUGCAGAGAAGGACAUUUUCAGUGCAACAUUACCCACUCAUGCAUUCUACAGUCCUGGGUCUGUGAUGGUGCUCACGAUUGUGGUGUUGGAGAUGAUUCUGAUGAGAGAGGCUGCAGUAAGAGUAAGCUGCUUCUAUCAACACCAAUAUUCAAAAAGGAUUUUUCUAUCAUUAGAUGCUACUAGCUGUGGCAAUGAAGAAUUUAGGUGUCAAAAUGGUCGUUGUAUAUCGCUGCAACUGUAUUGCAAUUCAGUUGAUGACUGUGGUGAUGGUAGUGAUGAGAGUCUAUGUGAAACCUAUGUCUGUCCUGAUGGCAGUGUCUUCUGCACUAGUGACAAGAAGUGUAUACCAUCAAGCCGUGUCUGUGAUGGCUUCAAGGAUUGUAUAGAUGGGACAGAUGAGACCUUGUAUGAGCACCUCAUGGAUAGUGCUCUUGCCAACGUUGAGCCACUCAGCCAGCUCUCAAGUAGUCACUUAGCAGUCCUUAUCCUCCAGCUCUUGUGCUGUCUCAACAAGCUCUGGUGUCCGGGUGGACCUUGGAUGGCUACUGAGGGGCAGGUCGAGAAAGGAAGGCUCCUCCUCCUUUUUAACUGCUUCUUUAAAGAUGCUGAACCACCAGAAGAUGAUAGAUUUGCCAGGAGUGUCAUUGCCAUGCACAGUGACCAGUUCCAUGUGACAGGCAGCCGCUGCAAUGCCAAAUGCAUGGAUACAGUGUCAAAUGGCUUUCUUUCAGGAAAAGUGAAUUGUUCUGGAAGCAGCUUCAGAUGCCAAGAGAAUGGGAUGUGCAUUCCAUUACAAUGGAAGUGCGAUGGAUUUAUUGAUUGUCCUGAUGAGAGUGAUGAAAGAGGAUGUCAUCCUCCUCCUCUGAAUGAGACAUGCAAAUAUCCAGAAAUGCUCUGUAGUGAUGGCAGCAAAUGCAUAAAUCUCAAGAAAGCCUGUGAUGGAACAGCUGAUUGCUUGGAUGCUUCUGAUGAAGGAAAGGGCUGUGAUGCUGUGGCCUGCCUGUCUGCAACGUGCUUGAAUGGAGAGUGUCAUCCUACACCAAGAGGUCCUGUGUGCCUGUGCCCAGAUGGAAUGCACCUGAGCAAGAAUGGCUCUGCUUGCAUGUCGCACCAUCUUUGUGAUGAAUGGGGCACGUGUUCCCAAAAAUGUAGAACCUUCAGAUCCAAAUAUAUAUGUGAAUGUUUUGAGGGGUAUAAACUGGACAGGGACAGGUUCACUUGCAAAAGCACCAGUGUAGUUGCUCCACUACUCAUCAUUAGCAAUCAGCAGCAGCUGCAUAGCAUCAACUUGAACACUCUUUCUGUGAAAACACUUGUAUCCAACCUGAAGAAUUCCAUUGCUGUUGAUUUCUUCUUCUCAGAGGAAAAAAGCAUGAUUUUCUGGACUGAUGUAGGGGAUGAUAAAAUUCAGAGGGGCAUCCUCAAUGGUGGAACAAUGGCAUGCAAUGCAUUCAAUUCUUUCAUAGCAAUAACCAAGAUAGAGGUGGUUGUACAAGCGGGUCUGCUGAGAGCUGAAGGAUUAGCAGUUGAUUGGAUUGGAGAGAAUCUUUAUUGGGUGGAGAGUGACUUAGACCAGAUUGAAGUGUCCAAGCUGGAUGGUAGUUUUCGCAGGACCCUGAUUGCUGGCAAUAUGGAGUCUCCUCGAGGUAUAGCAAUGGAUCCACGCAAAGGUAUGAGAUUUGGUCUGUGGAUUGUGUUAUCUAUGUAUAUUUAUAUUCAGGAUGGCUUUCAUACAUUGAACAGGGUCAUGUUUUGGACUGACUGGGAAAAAGGAGUACCUCGUAUUGAGUCUUGCAGCAUGGCUGGUGAGCCUGAAACUCGUCAAAUAGUAGUCAAUGUCACUGAACUUGAUUUGAAUGGUGCCUGGCCCAAUGGACUGACUCUUGACUAUGUGGCUGAGCGCAUCUACUGGAUUGAUGCAAAGACUGACAACAUAUAUACCUGCAAGUAUGAUGGUAGUGAUCAUCGUGUGAUUCUGAAGGAUCAUCAUGCCAUUCAGCAUCCAUUUGCCAUGGCUCUUUAUGAGAAUAAUAUCUAUUGGACUGAUUGGAGGACAAACUCUGUAAACAAAGUCAAUAAAUGGACUGGAAACAAUGCAACCAUAUUUCAUGAAUUCAUAUCCCAGCUGUUUGGUCUCACUGUCAUGCAUCCCAGUAGGCAGCCAAGAGGUGGACCAAAUCCAUGCAAGUCAAAUGCUACUAGGUGCUCACAUCUAUGUCUCCUGAGCAUGAAGAGUGGCUUCAAGUGCCAUUGUCCCCAUCUGAUGAGAUUAGUACCUGAGAAUAUGACCUGCAUC